UCAGUUAUUCAAAAAUUAUUAAACAGAUUUUAGUCAUUUACACACACAACAAGGAUUGUACAUCAAUAUCUUGAUAGUUGCGUUUUUAUGCCGAAUACCUAAAAAGUACAAAAACCAUAAGAUCUUGUAACCCAAUUAUGCAGCACUUAAGAAUUAUUCAUAGAAAACCACAAUUACCAACAGUAAGAUCACAUAUAUGUAAUACUUCUGUAUGGACGGUUUAAAUGGGAAGGAAUGUCCCUCAAUUAAAGUACUGACAAUAUACUAUUUUCUCUCUCGUUUCAGAUACCUCGUUCGGGUUGCAUGCUUGAGAAUGCUCAGAACCGAGCUGGAACCUCGUAGGAUAGAGAAAGCGUUAUGAUUCUGUCUUCAAGUCUUCCACUUAUAGAAACUGCCCAUAUAGAAGUAUUGCAUAUAUCUAAUAUCAUUAGCGGAUUAACCGAUCAUAUUUUCCCAAAAAAGUCCUAUUGUAUCCGAUAUUGUUAGUCGAACAAAAUAGAAAACUAAAGUGACUUAUGUGGCUCAGAGCGUGAUCAAAUGACAUAUGAAUUUAUUUACAAAAAUUAAUCCUCAACAUACAGUGCCUACAUUAAUUGAUGGAGAUUUCACUAUUUGGGAUGGUCAUGCUAUAGCAGGAUAUUUAGCGACAGUUUAUGCAAAGGAUGCAAAUUUAUAUCCAAAAGAUCCAAAACGUAAAGCUCUUGUAGAUCAAAGGCUCUACUUUGACUGCGGCACUUUAUAUCCUUGUAUUAGACAAAUAUGUUAUCCAAUUCUAUAUAUGGGGGAAGAUCAAAUCUAUGAUGAAUAUAAAUUGCCUUUGGAAGAAGCUUUAGGAUUCUUAGAUGUUUUCUUGGAAGGAAAUGAGUUUGUAGCAGGCAAACAUUUAACAAUUGCUGACUGCUCGCUAGUAGCAUCCGUUUCAAGCAUAGUGGCGGUAGGUUGGAAUAUAAGUGCAUAUUCUAAUGUUGUUAACUGGAUAUCAAGAUGUGCUUUGGCGAUUCCCGACUAUGAAGAGGUUAAUCAGAAAGGGGCAAAUAUGUAUGGUAAAGCAGUCAGAAGCAAACUUGCACCUGGGCAACUGUAAAAUUAUCUGUUUUUUUGCUAUUUAAAACAUUCGUUGACAAAAAAUUCAAUUUACUUCUUACAUAUGUUCAAAUUUAUUUACUCGAAUAAACAAAAACAAGCAUCAAAAA